CUCACUACCUACCUAGGUAUCUGUCUACUUUACUUCCUUAGGUUGUUCCCUUAGGGCAAGACAUUUGCCUCCAAUCCCUAAAGAGGUGCUUACCUAGGUACGGUAAGCGUUUCACGUGACCCCCUCGGCCAGUUCUCGCUCCUUCGACGAGACGGAGUUGAGAUUGCGCCGGCUAGACACGCUCGGGAGAGUCAACCCCAGGCAGCCCAAGCACGAAGGGGGGAAUUAGUGGGUGCGAAACCGGCCAUCACUCUACCCGGGCUCGUCUUCUCAGCAACUCUCCCCUACAACCCCAUUCUACCAUGUCACGCUGGCCGCCUACGGGCGCGGCCGCGGGUGUCAGCGUUGGCGUCGGCGCGAGCUUGGCUGGCCUGGGAUCGGAUAAACACCCGCCUUCGUCCUCGGCGCUGGCCCCUCUGGCCUCUGCGUGGUCUUCCAAGUUACGCAGCUGCGUGGUGUGUCGCAGCCGCAAGGUCCGCUGCGACAAGCAGUCUCCUUGCUCCAACUGCCGUCGCGCCAAUAUCGCCUGCGUCUUCCCGGCCAAUGACCGCCCCCCGAAAUGGGCCCGUCGCCUCGAGCGUGUCGCUCACGCUGCGCCGGCUGCCCAGGCUCCGCAGCCGGCCGAUCCCGGGGUUGAACAGGUCAUGCAGAGGUUGCAGAACCUCGAGGGCCUCGUCAAGGAGCUGAGUGGCCAGCUCGAGCAAGCCAACGCUGCCGCUAGAUCCUCUCCCGAUCGCUCGACUCAGGGCAACAACUCCCCUGGCAGCUCUACCCACGAACGGGAUGCCGACAACCAGGCAAGUCCGUCGUCUCGCACGGGAGCCACCGGUUUGCAAAAACAUUUCGGCCGGAUGGUGCUCCAGGACGGGAGCCGAAGCCGUUACAUCAGCAGCGGCUUCUGGUCCCGUGUUAGUGACGAACUCGACGGCUUGAAGAUGGAUGCCCGCGCGCUCCCGGGAGCUGAUACCGACUCCUCAGAUGACGAAGACUCGCCAGGAACGGCCCCGUCCUUAACGCAGGAGCUCCAGCGAACACCGGCAGAGCGGCAUGCCUUUCUAUUUGGACAGAAUCUGCGGAGUUCCGCCCCCGACUUAAGUGACUUCCGGCCGCUACCAUCUCACAUACCUCUCCUCAUUGACUUCUUCUCCACCAAUGUGAAUUUGUUCACGAGGACUGUCCAUGUCCCCACAGUCACCAAGAUGAUUCGCGAAUCGCCCGGAGCCGACGGGUCGGGGCUCACGCCAGCUAACGAGGCUUUACUAUUCUCCAUGUACUAUGCAGCGGUCACAUCCAUGGAGGAAGAAGACGUGCUAGCCAACUUUGGCAACACGCGAGCGGAGCUCAACCUCAAAUAUCGGCUCGGUCUGGAGCUUGCCUUGGCCAAAGCAGACUUCCUGAACGUCCCCGAUCUUGUGCUGGUCCAAGCCUUCGUCGUAUUUCUCUUCCUCGUGCGCCGCUACGACAGCCCAAGAUUUGUGUGGAUGAUGACGGGGCUUCUCAUCAGAAUGGCACACGCUCUUGGGUUGCAUCGCGACGGCUCUCAUUUCAAUAACUUGACGCCUUUCGAGGUGGAGAUGCGGCGGCGAGCGUGGUGGGCAGUCUGCGUGCUGGACGUACGGGCAUCCGAAGACCAGGGAACCGAACUUUCCAUCCCGAUGGAUAGCUUCGACACCCGGUUUCCCCUUAAUAUCAAUGAUGACGACAUUGAUACUGAUACCAAGGAGACACCAUCAGAGCGGCAAGGGAUCACGGACAUGGGAAUUCCGCUCGUCAAUCUUGAUAUAUGUGUGAUAACGAGGCGGAUGACGGCCCCUGGAGUCAAAGAAGGCCCGCCUAAUUUGGAGGAGCAAAAUAAGCUGCUGAAGGAGAUGUACACGAGCGUCGAGGGGUGGUACGGCCGUUACUCGGCCGAGCUGGACAACAUCGUCUGGUGGGUCGGGAUGACAGUUGUUCGGCUGGUGAUGUCGAAGAUGAGGCUUCUCACGUCGGUGCCGGCGCUGUUCUCGGCAUUGUCGAGUCAGCCCUUCUCGGACGAAGCCGUGCGAGACCGGCUGCUCGUCGCAGCGAUCGAGGUGGCCGAGCACAACCACGCGCUCAACGCCGAACCGCGCUGUCGCCAGUGGCGCUGGAUCUACCAGACGUACACGCACUGGCAUAGCGUCGUGCUGCUGCUCAUGGAGGUGACGCGCCGCCCCUGGUCGCCGCUCGUCGAGCGUGCCUGGGCUGCUCUCCACAGCCCCUGGCUAAUCCCCGACCAAGCCCGCCUCGACCGCAACAACCGCGUCUGGGUUCCCCUUCGCCGGCUCACGCUCCGGGCCCGUCGGCACCGCAAGGCCGAGCUCGCACGCCUCCGUGCUGACCCUGCCGCUGCUGAGCGCCUCGAGGCUACCGCUGAUCGCAACGUCCCCAUCCCCCUCGUCCCUGGGCCGCUCACUGCCGAGAAGGCUCAGGAGCUCUUCCGCGAGCGCUGGCACGGCCUCGUAUUUACCGCGUCCGAGCAAGGGCCCCCAAAGCACCCGGAUGGUGGUGGUUCCCAGCAGGGCGUGUUCAAGAACCCGUCAAUUGUCGUCGUGCAGACGGGAGAAGGGGGAGAGGGGGAGGAAAGGAUCGACGCUUCGCAGCACCAGAACAACCUCGCGUACGCCGCUUCUAGGCCCGUUCACGAGUCCAUGUGGACGACGAACCUGGACUCCACGUGCUCUGCGGGCGUCUCACCGGCCUUCGGGGAGAGUCCUUACCCCCCAAGCCAGGACCCCAGCCCGUCGUGGUCGGCCGACCCCCCGGCCACCGGCGAGCGCCAUUCUGGGUUCUCAUACGGCGUGUCGUCCUCCGCCGCCGCCGACAGCUGGCCGCCGAUGAUGAACCUCGGCUCGGCGCCGUGGCUCUGGGCCGACGCGGCCGACGUGUUCGCCGACAUAGACCUCGACGCGGACGCAGAUGCGGACGGGCAGAAUAUCAUGGACCUCGACGGCCAGGUCGACUGGAAUCGGUGGCUGGCGUCGGCGCAGGGGGCCGAGCGGGAGUCCGGGCUGCCCGGGCCCGGGGCCGGGGGCUGGUGAGAGCCGUCUCUGCUUCUGAGAUAACAUGUUGGCUGGCUUGGUUUAAGCUCUGGCUACAGCGGAUUCGCGAUUCCCCAGGAUUUGCUUUGAUGUGGCGGCGGUUUAGGCUCGAGGGGGUUUUGUGUCUUGGUUAGUUUACAGAGUCUUGUAGCCUGUGAGCGAUGCUGAUUUGCGUAUUUCAUACGGGCCGCGGCUUGAGGCUGCUGGAUUCGGCGUUAGUGUAGAGGAAUUGGUCGCGUUUUCGCUUUGUGUCAGGCGUGUGUAUCUAGACCCCUAUAUACCUGCUGGAGAAGGUAACCAAUCUCCUAUUGCCCGGCAAAUCAUGCUCAUGUUCCGAUAGCUGGAGCGGUUCCGGUU